GACCAAAGGAGGUCAGGCCUGCUGAAUUCGUUCCACAAGAUCACUUCUACUCGUCAUUUUGUGCGUGUCAGCCUUCCAUUAGAGCAAGUCGGAUUGGUCUCACAGAAACACAAAGAUGGCACAUUCAUUCGACUCGUUGAAAUCGUACUUGGCCGGAUCUUGCUUUCAAUCCUUUUACUGUUUGGCAAACACUUCCUAAAAGUAGAUGCGCCCUUACCAACCUUAAAACGACUCUCCAGACAAGUAGACCCGCAUCCAACCCAACUGCUGUCCGCGUGUCUCUGCACUGCUAUUCACACGCUUGCGUCAGGCAGAUCUACCAUUGUCCUUGCCUCUUCUUCCCAGCGUUCUCUUGCAAAGCGCUAUUUACGCGACGCCUCCCCGACGGGUACAGAAGUCUUGUCGAGUACGUGGGUCAUGCUUUUUUGUCGCGAAAGUGUAGCUGGAAUGGGUAGUCUGUCGACUCGAGUAUCAUACCCAAUCGGCUAUCUUCGUAAAAGAGCAACAUUUCUUUUCGACAUUGUGCCUCCUCUUGUUCAACCAACUGCCUCUCUAUCCCGUGUCUUCCCGCUCACUGCUUCUUUUCAUGUCAUUUGGGACGGAAUGAAGCCACUCAACCUUUUUGGCGUUAGUAAUACAUUUUUUAAGUGGCCAUCAGCAGCCUGGUUCCGACUGGCUUUCGUAUUCCAGUGA